CUAGCGAAUCCAGUGGCCACGCUCGGGGUUGAGGCACCCGAAGGCCCAAGGCGGAAGUGGAGCAGCCACCUCCCCCGGGGGAGGCGAGGGCGCCGGGGUUCAGGGGUCGCGUCGUAGCGACACGGGACGCAGGGCUCAGGAACAGCGCGUGCGCGGAGACCGUCCCUCCGAGAAGGAGGAGGAGGACGAGGAGGCAGGGCCAGGCCAGGUGCCGGGACUGGUGGUCCAGGCAUCAAGCCUAAGAAGAUGCACAAGAGGAAGGGACCACCAGGACCCCCGGGCCGGGGCGCUGCCGCUGCCCGCCAGCUUGGCCUGCUUGUUGACAUCUCCCCCGACGGCCUGAUGAUUCCUGAGGACGAAGUCAAUGAUGAGGAGCUGGAGGCCGAGUUCCUGGCCUUGGUGGGGGGCCAGCCACCAUCCAUAGAGAAGCUCGGAGGCAAAGGUCCCCUGCCAAUGGAGGCCAUAGAGAGGAUGGCUAAGCUGUGCAUGAGAGACCCAGAUGAGGAUGAGGAGGGGACGGACGAGGAUGAUGUGGAGGCUGACGACGACCUGCUGGCAGAACUCAAUGAAGUCCUCGGAGAAGAGCAGAAGGUUUUGGAGCCCCCUCCCCCUGUGACCCAGCUGAACCCCAACCCGGGGUUGGAGGCCACCUUGCAAGAGAGGCUGGCCCUCUACCAGACGGCUGUGGACAGCGCCAAGCAAGCUGGCCACAGUGCCAAGGUGCGGCGGUAUGACAGGGGGCUCAAGACACUGGAAAACCUGCUGGCAGCCAUCCGGAAGGGCGAUGCUAUCGACGAAGGGGACAUCCCGCCACCGGUGGCUGUGGGGAGGGGCCCAGCGGCUACCCCAACCCACACCCCAGCGCCUCCUCAGCCAUCCCUCAUGAACCUACCAGCCCCAGAGCCCAGGAUCACCCCGGACGCCCCUCCCGCCGCCACCCCGGCCAGCGCCAAGCCCCAGCUGUCCCCAGGCCCCCUGGCCCAGCUGCAGAGCCGCCAGCGGGAGUACAAGCUUGCUGCCCUGCACGCCAAGCAGCAGGGGGAUACCGCGGCCGCCGCCAGAUACUUCCGCGUGGCCAAGAGCUUCGAUGCAGUGCUGGAGGCCUUGAGCAGAGGGGAACCAGUGGACCUGUCCGGCCUGCCCCCUCCACCAGACCAGCUGCACCCAGAGCCCUUAUCUCCUGCACCUCAACCUGCCACGCCCACCACAGCACCUACCGUACCAGAGGUUCCCGCACCCCCUCAUUCCCUCCUGGAGGCACUGGAGCAGAGGAUGGAGCGGUACUACACGGCCGCAGCCCAGGCCAAGGCCAAGGGCGACCAGCGGAAGGCGCGCAUGCAUGAGCGCAUCGUCAAGCAAUACCAAGACGCCAUCCGAGCGCACAAGGCUGGCCGCACCGUGGAGGUUACCGAGUUGCCUGUGCCCCCAGGCUUCCCCCCUAUCCAGGGCCUGGAGAGCUCCGAGCCUGCCCAGCAGAGCCUGGUGGGAGUCCUGGAAACUGCCAUGAGGUUGGCCAACCAGGAUGAAGGGCCAGAGGAUGACGAGGAUGAGGGGCCUAAGAAGCAGCCAAACAGCCCUGCACCCCCCACGACCCAGCCAAAGGCCCCAGCCGCCAAGGCACCCCCCGCAGGAUCUGCCUCCGCAGGCAAGGCCGCCCCCAAGGGCACGUCCACCAGGGCCCAGCAGCAGCUGGCCUUCCUGGACGGCCGCAAGAAGCAGCUCCUGAAAGCCGCGCUGCGCGCCAAGCAGAAGAACGACGUGGAAGGGGCCAAGCUGCUCCUGCGCCAGGCCAAGGGGCUGGAGCCCAUGCUGGAAGCCUCCCGCAACGGGCUGCCCGUGGACAUCGCCAAGGUGCCGCCUGCCCCCGUGAACAAAGAUGACUUCGCGCUCGUGCAGCGGCCGGGGCCGGGCCUGUCUCAGGAGUCCGCCCGGCGCUACGGCGAGCUCACCAAGCUCCUGAGGCAGCAGCAUGAGAUGUGUCUGAACCACUCGGCCCAGUUCACCCACCUGGGCAACAUUGCCGAAACCAGCAAGUUUGAGAGGCUGGCAGAAGACUGUAAGCGAAGCAUGGACACCCUGAAGCAAGCCUUCGCCCGAGGCCUGUCCACGCCCACCGCCCGCUUUGAGCAGAGGACCAUCAGUGUCAUCAAGAUCUUUCCCGACCUGAGCAGCAAUGACAUGCUCCUGUUUAUUGUGAAGAGCAUCAAUUUACCCACACCUGCAGGGCUGUCCCCUGGCGACCUGGAUGUCUUUGUCCGGUUCGACUUCCCGUAUCCCAAUGUGGAGGAAGCUCAGAAAGACAAGACCAGCGUAGUAAAGAACACAGACUCGCCUGAGUUCAAGGAGCAGUUCAAACUCUGCAUCAAUCGCACGCACCGCGGCUUCCGAAGGGCCAUCCAGACCAAAGGCAUCAAGUUCGAAGUGGUCCACAAGGGGGGGUUGUUCAAGACAGACCGGGUGCUGGGCACAGCCCAGCUGAAGCUGGACGCACUGGAGACCGCGUGUGAAGUCCACGAGAUUCUGGAGGUCCUGGAUGGCCGCCGGCCCACCGGGGGUCGGCUCGAGGUGAUGGUCCGGAUCCGAGAGCCACUGACCGCGCAGCAGCUGGAGAGGACAACUGAGCGGUGGCUGGUCAUCGAUCCCUUGCCUGCCGCCAUGCCCAAUCAGGUCACUGGAACCAAAGGGAAGGCACCUCCUGUGCCAGCCCCUUCAAGGGACCCAGGAAACAGAUCAGCGCGGCCCCUGCACAGUCUCAGCGUGCUAGCCUUUGAUCAAGAGAGACUUGAGCGGAAGAUCCUGGCCCUGAGGCAGGCGCGGCGUCCUGUGCCCCCUGAGGUGGCCCAGCAGUACCAAGACAUCGUUCAGCGCAGCCAGUGGCAGAGGGCGCAGCUGGAGCAGGGGGGCGCUGGCAUUCGGAGGGAGUACGCAGCCCAUCUGGAGCGCCAGCUGCAUUUCUACACGGAGGCGGCGCGGCGCCUGGGUUACGAUGGCAGCAGGGAGGCUGCCAAGGAGGCCCUGUACCGGCGGAACCUGGUGGAAAGCGAGCUGCAGCGGCUCCGCAGGUGAGGCCCGUCCAGGUGGGCAGCCCCUGGCACGCGGGCCCCACAGCCUCGGCGUGAAAGAACCGCGGGGCCACGGAGCCAGCGCCCACGCAGACAAUCAGCGGACAGCGUGUUCUGGGCUCUCCUGUGCAGCCCAGCUGGAGCCUGCCUGGCCGGUGGGGGGGGGUGUUCUGCCAUGGUGCCCCUCGCCCCGGCGUGGCUGGUUGGAUCCCAGAGAGCCCAGUUUGCACACCUGGGGCAUCCAUCCGGGGCAGGGAGGGUGGCGGGGACACAUCCCGGGAGCCCCUGCAAGCACUUUAUUUCCUGUCCCUUCCCAGCCUUAGUCCCACAGCCCUCUCACACUCCUCAAAGACACCACUGAGGCUGGCCAAAGCUCUGCUGGCCCCCAGGGGCUGCACUGACCCAUCUGGGCCCUGAGGGCCAACACACACAAUAAACAGCCUAGGCCACCCCUGGCUCAGCUGUG